AUGAUGAAUUCUCCAAAUGUUGUUACUCGAUUGAAAGAGAGUCGCAUUCGGAAUUCCCGCAGCCGGACUUCGCAAGAUAAUGAUAUCUCGAGCAAUGUGGCGCAAAGGAGCCUUCGCGACAAUGACAAUGGAUCCCCGACGCCUUCGAAUGAGCGCAUCAAUAUUUUUGGCCAAACACGCAAUGCGCAACAGCAAGAUUACGAUGGCGAUGCAUCAUCAGGCUCUCACACACUCUCUGUAGCGUCUUCUCAUCGGCAACGUCGCAAAUCAGCUGUCGCCACGCACCAACCUAUCGAGCAAACCAAUGGCAUGUUUCUUCAACCUGAGACCCAUCCAAUCACUGAAGAACAACUAGUCAAUGAAGUCAGAGCCAUCUACGCUGGUCUAGUGAUGGUCGAGAAGAAAUGUAUUGACAUUGUCAAGCAACAAAGUGAGAAUCCAGAGGAACUUACUGUGCUGCAAUGGCAGGCCCUGACUGCGCUGCACAGGACGCUCCUCCAUGAGCAUUUUGAUUUCUUUCUUGCUUCAAAUCAUCCAGCUGCAAACAAGUCAUUGAAAGCACUAGCGAAAACCUAUUCUAUGCCAGCAAGAAUGUGGCGAUAUGGUAUUCAUUCGUUCUUGGAACUGCUGCGAAAGAAGUUGCCCUCGUCACUUGACCAUAUGCACACCUUUAUUUACAUGGCGUAUGCAAACAUUACUCUGCUGUUGGAGAGCGUCCCAGAUUAUAAGGAAACGUGGAUUGAAUGUCUCGGCGAUCUGGCACGCUACCGGAUGGCCAUAGCAGAGGUGGACAUGUACGAUCGAGAAAUCUACACCAGUGUUGCUAGGUACUGGUAUACCAAAGCCGCCGAUCUCAAUCCGGAUGUUGGAAGGGUUCAGCAUCAUUUGGCCGUCCUUGCUCGGCCGAAUCUGUUGCAGCAGUUGUUUUACUAUUCCAAGGCUUUGGUCAGCGUUCAGCCUUUUACCAAUGCGCGGGAUAGUAUCUUGCUCCUUUUCGGGCCUCUCCUAGACCCUGCAAAAGCUGCAGCAAAGUACUCCAAAUAUUAUCCUCGAGCCCUGACUGUUUUUGUCGAAGCUCAUGGUGUUUUAUUCACAAGACAGGACGUUUCUACGUUUCUAAGGCUGGCCGAGGAAUUCUUGUCUGAACUUGAUAAACACGUUGGACUCGUGGGCCCGUUGUUUAGAGAACAAGGGGUAUACAUAACAGCUUCUAAUUACGCUGCCAUCUUUGAUUAUGGUCAUGAUGGUGCAGAGAUUCCUUCCAUGUUCGAUCAAGCUGGGCUCAUUCAGACAAGAACAUUCGAGAUACUGGAGCAAGCAUACAGAUCCUGGCAAAACCCUUCUUGUGUACAGGUUGGAAUCGAGCAUCGAACUGUUGGAAUAAAUUCCAGUGAGCAGGUAGUCUCAAUAGCGUCUCAUUUUGCAUUCACCACUCUCGAUGUUAUACUUGAUCGUUUGGGUGAUAGAAAUACAUUGCCAAGUGUACACGUCUCUCUGGCUUUUCUAUGGUGUAUGGCAAUGGUACCGGAAAGCAUGGCUCGUAUUCAGGCGGACGUGCCCUGGGAACGACUUGCGACGUAUCUAAAUACGCUAAUCAAUCCCGAUACUGAUAUGGCUGAAAUUGAGAACGGGGCUUUCCCGGCGCAGGAGUCAGGGGCCUCGCGGCAAUUACCAGAGGAUUUCCUAAUCCAUGGCCUUUCCUGGAGUAGAAUGUACUAUCCGCCAAACUUCUUCUCUGACAUGGCCGAAGACGAUGAGCGGUCAAUUGAACUUCCAUCUGUCAUCGUCCCACGGACACGACGAUGCUUAUGGUUGGCAAGUAAGAUUGCUAAAUUCAACUGCUGGCUGGUCUAUGACACUGAAAGCUGCAAAUUUUGCGCCACUCAAUUCGCCCACGAACUCGCCGCGCUGUCAGGACAAUAUCAAAUUCUUUGUCAGGCUUCGAACGGGAAACCUGGUACAGAUACUGUCAUGACAGAAAGCUGACUAUUUCCUAAUCACCAUAGUUAUGUUGUAGUGAUUGAUGACAUCUACUCAAGCAUCCGAAUGUCCCCAACGCCCCAAGGGUUUCAAUUUUACCUAAAGAGACAUCCUCGACGCAAUAGCGACUGUCAACCUGCGGGCGAAGCGGCUGAACAAACAUCCUACACAGAAAUCCAAGCAUUUUAAGGUAGAUUCCUUUGGGGUUGUACUGACAGAUUUAUAUUUUCUCUUUUGUCCGUUCCGGUUUAUGAGCGAUUUAUUGCUUGUAUCUUAUGUUCUGUUUGUGAAGUCUCUACGUUUCUAUUCAUUUCCGUUGCCUAUAGUCAAUGUGGCAUAUUCAACAACGUUACAAAUAUGGAAUUUUAUUGGGAAAUAGCUUUUAAUACGACAUUUGGUCUUUAUCUCAUCCC